UUUGCUGAUGGUUACAACGUGAAGUUAAAGCCAGGUGUGUGUUGCGUAACGUGACCCUCAUGAGUUCUGCACAAAACUCCAAGGUCCAACUAUAGUUAGCGAUCUGCCCCGACCAGAGACAGUUCUUCCUGAUCAGAUCAACAGAUUAGAGCCAUUGGGGAAGAUGGGAGACUGGGGAUUCCUCUCAUCAUUACUGGAGCAAGUCCAGUCCCAUUCCACGGUGAUUGGGAAGAUCUGGAUGAGCGUCCUGUUCCUGUUCAGGAUCAUGGUUCUGGGAGCGGGUGCUGAAAGUGUCUGGGGAGACGAGCAGUCUGGUUUCAUCUGUAACACUCAACAGCCUGGUUGUGAGAACGUCUGCUACGACUGGACCUUCCCCAUCUCCCACAUUCGCUUCUGGGUUCUGCAGAUCAUCUUUGUCUCCACGCCGACGUUGGUCUACCUGGGCCACGCUAUGCACAUCAUCCAUAAGGAGAACAAGCUGAGGGAGCUGAUCUCCAGUCCUGGCGGGCCCAGAAAGCUUAAACAGCCUAAAUACAGCGAUGAAAAAGGACACGUGAAGAUCAAGGGGAACCUGCUGGGGAGCUACCUGACCCAGCUGAUUGUGAAGAUCCUCAUUGAGGCCGGAUUCAUUGUGGGACAGUACUACCUGUAUGGCUUUGUGAUGGUUCCCAUGUUCGCCUGCUCUAGGAAGCCCUGCCCCUUCACCGUGGAGUGCUACAUGUCCCGACCCACAGAGAAAACCAUCUUCAUCAUCUUCAUGCUGGUGGUGGCCUGCGUCUCUUUGUUCCUCAGCGUUCUUGAGAUUUUAUACUUGCUCUGCACUAGAGUGAGAUGUGGGUCCAAGCAUCGCGCUCACAGAAUCACCUCAGCAGAAAACCCGGCCAGCCUGUCGGGUCCGAGGUGGCCAGCCUCAGACGAAGCACUCAGGCAGAACAAGAUGAACAUGGAGAUAGAGAGCAACCACAGCAUUGGAGGAAGCCUGGACGGAGCCAAGGAGGAGAAACGACUACUGAGCGGCCACUAAAACCCUCAGAUCUCACCAUUUAAAUAUCAUUUAUUCUUUUAGGAUUCUGCCUUCUUGUUUAAAUGCAUUCCAGAGACUUGAACUAGUCAUCACAGCAGAAAAUUAAAAAAGAGCUCUGUUAUCGUUUAAUUAUGCCUAAAAUCAUUCCCAAAUAAACAAUAUACAGAGGCAUAUUGAUGUAUUAGUACAUUUAUUUUUUAAUAGAACUCUACUAAUGAACAAGUGCAAUAGUGAUGUAUUUCUAUUAUAGGUUGUAACUGAAUGUGUUUGGGGCCAGCUGUUGUUAAAUGUCUUCUUAAAGUGGUUUCAAUGCUCAUUUUCUUGAACGUGUCUAAAAGAAAAAUUGCUUUCUGAACUAUUAUGACAACGUUUGUGGCAGAGACAUUUUUUUAUGUUUUACAGUUUUUAAUAAAUGUUUCAAAUUUAA